AUGGCGAGACGAACAUCUGCAGGAGAAAAUACAGCAUCGAUUAGGAGGAGUAGAAGAAUUGCAUGUAGAAUAAGAGGCGAAAUUGCAGAGACAUCAAGAAUGGGAGAGAGGAACAAUAGACCUCAACCGAUCAGAUCUCAGAUCCGACAUGAACCAAGGGAGAACUACCAAAGAAAUCUUGAUGAAGUAAGUGUUCACACUACGGAUACAGAAACCGCAGAAGAAAAUGAAGAGGGAACACAGGAGGAAGGAGCAGUGAAUGAAAACUCGCAGGAGGAGCGCGAACGCCGUUGCAUAGAAGAUCGAUAUGUACAAGUGGGUGAGAAUGAACCCAGGCGAGGACGUCGUAGAGAAGGAAGACCAGAGCGAAAUGGAGAAUACAACCGCACGAAUGAUGAAUCAGAGCAAGAUAAUGACGCAGAAAAAGAAAGGAUGAUACUUUAUGGAAGAGAGAUGCUGAGACGGCAAAAUGAGAGGGAUAGAGCUGCACAUGAGCACGCAAGAAAUAAAAAGGAGAGGAAAAGAGAAAGAAGAUCCAAUGAAGAACGACAAGAACUAGAAGAAGCCAUACGACAAAGCAGGCACGAAAACAGAUUGAGGCAAGCCCGGUUGAAAAUACCAAGGAAAUAUCAAGAAGAAGACAUAUUCCCAAAUGGCAAAAUUUUAAGAGAAAUAGCAAACCUAAGAGAAUUGGUAACAAAAGGGAGAGAUGGAGGAAGGAGGCAGCUAGAAGAAGCAAUAGAAUAA